UCUGCCUGAAUCCGCGGAAACCAACAACCGAGAGUAUUUUAUUUACUUAGCUAGCGAACCAUCUGUCAACUUCUAUUCCUCCAUUCCUCCUCUUUACUGUCAAACCGACACCGGGGCGAUGUCGGAGUCUUACGAUUUCCUGUUUAAGUUCCUGGUGAUUGGAAAUGCUGGAACAGGCAAAUCCUGUCUGCUGCACCAGUUCAUUGAGAAGAGAUUUAAAGAUGAAUCCAACCACACAAUCGGAGUUGAGUUUGGCUCAAAGAUCAUCAGCGUGGUCAAUAAAACGGUCAAACUGCAGAUUUGGGAUACUGCAGGACAAGAAAGGUUCAGGUCUGUAACCAGGAGUUACUACAGAGGAGCAGCAGGAGCCCUGUUGGUCUAUGAUAUCACCAGUCGAGAGACGUACAAUGCUCUGACCACAUGGCUGAGCGAUGCCAGGAUGCUUGCCAGUCAGAACAUUGUCAUCAUCCUGUGUGGGAACAAGAAAGACCUGGACUCUGACAGAGAGGUCACGUUCCUGGAGGCGUCGCGUUUUGCUCAGGAGAACGAGCUGAUGUUCCUGGAGACCAGUGCUCUAACAGGGGAGAACGUUGAAGAGGCUUUUGUCCAGUGCGCUCGGAAAAUUCUCAACAAGAUUGAGUCAGGAGAGCUGGAUCCAGAGAGGAUGGGCUCAGGUAUCCAGUAUGGCGAUGCUGCGUUACGACAGCUCCGCUCCCCUCGUCGUGCUCAGCCGCAGGGCACCCAGGAGUGUGGCUGCUAGUGGGCCUGCCCUGUAACAUACACACACAAGUGUAGUUUAGUGUGGUUCAGACAGGUUCAUGAAGAGCAGGCGAAGAACAGCAACGAGGAACCAUAAAGUUCCGGGUUCAUGUUGCGGUGCUGGUGACUCCUCUCUGACCUUUGACCUUCGUACGGACCUUUGAGAUUAUUCAGAACCUUCGUUAUCAUGGCCCGAACCUGCAAGAGAUCCACGCCCCUUUAAGACCUCUGAGCAUCUCCAAGGUAACCAGAGUCCAUCACCUCCCACAACCUGCUCCACUUUUGGGCCAAACCCCUCAUCCAGCUCUCUAAUCAGUAUGUGAACUACUCACAUAUUUCUCCCUCCCCUAACUGUCUACUGAUCCACCCUCACCUCCUUUCCUCCCAAUGGACCACACUGUUGUCAUCUCAUAGUAAAGGAAAUGUCUUUUAUUUGUGUUUAGGGGCACGUAUUUAAAAUAUUAACUUUAAAGCCGUUGGCACCUCCUGGCUUUAGCUUCAUACUCACCACAAACACAUGAACUGUCGACAAUCCUCAGAAAACACAUAAAAAAAACAGUUGAACUAUUCAAACUACUGCUCUGAUAGCUUGUCUACGUCCUGCAGCUUGUCUACGUCCUGCCCACCUUUAUUCAUACAUUUUGCACUUCCUGUAUGCUCAUUUCACUUCCCUUCUUCUGUACUUUCUCUCCCACUAUAGUUCCCACUGGCAACAGAGGACACAAUACAUGUCAUCAGUUUACUUAUCCUCAUGCCCUCCAUGCCUACCUUUCUUGCUAUUUUGGUUACUUCCCAUGAUGCUCUCUGUUACCUCUCUCUGCCCCUCUCUCCUCCUGUCUCCCUGCAGCAUCUUACACACUGUGCAGUUUUUCUGUAAAUAGAGAUUGACGCAUGUUUUCUCAAACAGAAUAUCAGAGUAUUUCAUUAUGAAGAGAUAUUAUAUGUAUAUGAAGUUAGAUAUCAUACCCAGUAUUGGGUUUAUGCACCACUGUAUUAUUAUCAUGAUACUCCACAUUACACUGGGUAUACACUUGGACAGGACUGUUUGCAGCAUUUAUGUUUAUUUGUAAAUGAGACAUGUUGACCUGGAUUACAUUAUGGACAAACAUGUUUAUGUGUAAAAAAAAAAAAAAAUCAGUUUUAACUUCAAACUCAUAGAUUAUUCAGAAAACAGACAAAUGCAACCUGAAAUGUUCUGAGCAAUUGGUUUUCUAUUUCAUUUCAUAUAAAUAAUUUAUACUGCAAAAAAAAAAAGUCCACUAUUAAUUCUUAAUAGCAUAUUUAAUAUUGAACUGUUAAAUGACAGUGUAACACCAAAGGAUUCCGGUUAUGACUAGAAAUGUUCUGAUACCAUUUUUCAUUCCCGAUACUGAUUCCACCACCUGGACUUUGUGAAUCAUCCAAUACUGAGAACAGAUCUGAUACCAGCGCAUUUAAAAACCAAAUGAAAUGAAUGUAAAAAUGUAGGCGAAUAGCGCUGCAAAUAGCAACAAACACUCCAAGUUAGAGAUCUCUGAUGUUUUUAUGAGAUGGGUCAAACUUUUUGUGGGUCAUUAUAAAUCUGUGGUGGGACAAAUUAGAAUAUGGUGGGCCACUAAAGUCUAUAUAAGUAAUAGGAAACACUGAUUACAACACAAUUAUUUUCUUAAAUAGCUGUUAAAGUGCAGCCACACUUUAUAAUAAUAAAUGAGUUUUUUUUAAGUAGAACACUUCCUGAAACUGAAGUCUUGCAUAUGGUACAUAUCAACAUUUUACUUGUGGGACUUUCCAGUGUGUAUUACUGCCAAAUUGCUGACAUUUUAGCUUUCUCUGGCUGCACUAAUGGAAAACCUAGUUGCAGCAAAGCGUAAGUGUUGUUUUGGGGCAGUAAAGAAAUCAUUAUUUCUGAGAGAAGAAAAUUACAGUUUUAUCUGGGUGAUAUUAAUCUCUUUAAAGACCUGGUAUCAGACUGUUCAGAGAUUUUUACUCUCACUGAUUCCCGACUCAUCAUUUUUGGCAGUAUCGGAGACAUUUCAGAUCCUGGUGUCGGUUUUAACAUUUCUUCUUUUGACUAAUGACUGAUCUGCUACAAUGACACAGAAAAUGCCUGUUUACAUGGAUGCAUGAUAGGUUGCUGCUAGCUGUCAGGAAAUACUAACUGAAUGAUUUUAGCAGGGGUGUGGAUUUAUGUGUGCUUGACUAUUAUUUGUCUCCAAAGAUACUUUAUGUCUCAUAUUUCAAACUUAAAAACAGUUUUAACACAAAGCUCUCAACAAAAAAACAGAGGCGUCUUUUGCAUAACUGUAUCCAAGCGUUACAUAUAUUUGUUGUUUUUGUCUUUUAUAUGUAGAAUGUAUUUUACUUUUAAAUGUAGUUGACUUCAAACAGUACAAGUAUAUUUCAGAAUAUCCUGGAGUGUUUGAUUGUGGUUUUGGCUGCUCCACUGCAGGUUGCCGUCUUGUGUCUAUGUCAUCAAGUCCUUUGUUUAAAUUCAUGUACGUCCGUUUUUCUCUUGUCAUUAUGAAUAUCAUGGAUUUUUAAUUUAUUGUGUAUGAUAAAAGCAUAUGUUUUUAAAAUAAAAAAAGACUAUAAAUAAAGCAUCUUUC